AAAAAACAAAUCCAUCGCCUAUCGGUUUUGCGGAGGGGGUCACGCAGAGUUUGUCGAGUUGAAUCGAGGCGUAUGUUGUUGUUGGUUUUAUUUGGUUGAGGCGUAAUUUUUCGGCCAUAGAAGAUGGGGUCGGGGCGAGGACAUGGCGAGAACUGGUUCAGAAGAGCGCACACGACCAGCACCAAGCAAAGCAGCCCUGAGAGAGGUUUUUCAAAGCGUUUGUUUUGUAUUUUUGUGUACCAUCAUCGCGCGUGGUUGAAAAUAUGGACUACAGCAAGGGCUCGAUUUUUCGGCCCCUUCGCAUUAUUCUGUAUCGGGUCGGUCGUGUCGUGCCCAUCAUCAUCAGAACUAAACCACAGCAAUAUCGAUUCACAGAACCAAUGGAGGAAACACGAUGACACGAAUUCUUUGUCAGUCGCGUCUUUGUUCUAAUCGAGUUAAUGUUUUAUGAGGAAGCACUAUGUUCUAGUUUUCACAAAAUGCUUCGCAAUGCUCCCCAUUUGCUGGUAUUUUACUUGAAGCGAAAACAAGCAAGCAAGCACCCAGUGUCUGGCAUGUCGAUUAGGUUAAAUAUGGAGAAUGUAGUGGAGCAAUUUUCACAAUAUAUAUUUGCACCAGAAAACCCAUGCGCGCGUUUUCCUUUAUUUGAUGGAGGUGGAUUGAAGGAAUUUUAACAACUUUUAAAGGACUACGACAGUGGUUUCUUUGUUGACGGAAGAGUGGCUUUCUAUGUCACAUAUCGCACAGUCUUAAGUUUCGUUCCCGUUCUCGUUUCCUCCUCGCUCAUGUUGCUGUCAUUUUUAAACUUUUCUUACGUUUCCCUUAUACAUCUAAGUACAUGGUGUAGGUAUUAAAAAAAAGGCCAAUGAGUCUUUCAAUUUGUUGUUGGUUAAGCAAACUUUUAUCAAAAACAUUCCUAAACUUUACGAUUUUCAAGUACAUAUUGAUCGCUAAACCAAAUACGCCAACUUUGAAUUGAGUCAAGAUAUAAAUAUGUGAUUUGUACCUAGUGUUUUUACUAUACUUACAUUGUUAAUCUGAGGUUUUCCUACCACCUCAAUUUCCGAAAGGCUUAGACACAAACUGGCAAAAGUGGAAUUACUGAUCGUAUUCACAUAUACAUAAUAUUAGAUGAUAUUAACGAUACAGAAGUGAAGCGUUUCGGUUCAUCAUGUCCUCCCCGAGUGCUGGCAAACGUCGGAUGGACACCGACGUGAUCAAGCUGAUCGAGAGCAAACACGAAGUGACUAUCCUUGGCGGUCUGAAUGAGUUCUGCGUCAGGUUCUUUGGCCCUCGAGGGACACCUUACGAGGGCGGCGUAUGGAAGGUGCGUGUUCAUCUGCCCGAGCACUAUCCCUUCAAAUCUCCCAGCAUUGGGUUCAUGAACAAAAUCUACCACCCGAACAUCGACGAAGUUUCCGGGACGGUGUGUCUGGACGUGAUCAAUCAGGCCUGGACGGCCCUGUACGAUCUGUCCAAUAUUUUUGAGUCGUUCUUACCACAACUGUUGACCUACCCCAACCCGGUCGAUCCUCUCAAUGGCGAUGCUGCGGCCAUGUAUCUGCACAAGCCAGAGGAGUACAAAAAGAAGGUCGCCGACUACGUGAGGCGAUACGCGACCGAAGAAGCCUUGCGUGACCAAGAACCUGCUGAGAGUUCCGACAGUGAAUCGAGUAUGUCCGAUUUCAGUGAGGAUGAAGCGCAAGAUAUGGAGUUAUAACAACGGCUAGCCACUAUAUUAACCAAUUAUUAUUAUUAAACAAAAUGGAGAAAUCAACCGCAGAAGUUGGAUAAAAAAGGUGAGAAAUGAAAUCUUUUUAUUAAAUUAAAUGUUUUCACGUAGAUCUACGCAAAUCCACAACCGACACACCAAAACAAAUGAACGCAUACACAGAAACAAACAAAAACCCAUAAUAAGCAAAUAAUAAUAUAAGCGCGAAAAAUCUCAUUCGCCUCCCACACGUUUAGAUGACUCCUAACUAACAUCAGUAAUACCCAAUUAUGAACAAGAGAACUUAAAAGCCAACCGUUCGCUAACCACAUUGUGAAAGGAAACGUAAGAUUUAGCUGAAAAUCGAAACAUGUUUGAAUAAAACCAAAACACUUGAAAGCUGUUUUAGAACUAUGCAAUCUUAGUUGUUGUUUUCUGCUAGCAUGAUUCACAUAUGCAGUUAAUUGAAGGGGUUAUUCUGAGUUCUAGGCGUUAUUGUUACUGAUGAUUUUUUUUGUUACAUCCGUGAAUGUCUAUUUCGAAUCGAAUGUUUAAAAGUGAAUUUCUAUCAUAAUGACAAUAUAUAAUAAGAACGACGAACAAUUUUGAUUUCGGUCAAAUUCUUAAAAUUAGAAAAAAAGAUCUCCAAAGGAUUAAACCAGAAAGAAUUUUCGAAUCGUGUUAUUUUGAAAAUCAAACAAUCGCAGGUCCCCACAAUAACCCCUUUACAAUUAACCGAUACGAUACACUUUCCUCCCCGUAAUAAUCGCUGUUCCAAUUGUGAGUGUGUAUGGAUCAAUAAUCGAAUGGAAUCUAUCGUUAAGCACGUAGGUACCAGUCCUGAAUCGCGUUUACAACAACAAAAAAGUUAAAGCUGUUUGUAUUUUUAAGCUAUUGCAAAAAAGCGGCGCACGAUUUCCCUGUUUCUUUAAUAAAACAAAGCGAUAAAAAUGCUGUCAGUGAACAAUUUGUUUCACCGCAAUCGCUUUUCAGGACCUAGUUUUUGAUUGUUCAAAUUAAAAUCUUUAAAAUAACGAUAAUAAUGUGUAUUUUUGUUGCGUUACUUUUCAUCGUGUCCCCGCUUUUGUACCGCGCAACGCACAUUUCCCUCCCAAUUGCUGAAAAAAAAUUCACUUUCUCUCUCUUCUAAUUCGAAGCAAUUCAUGUUAUGCACCAUUGAAAUACCUAUUAGUACCAAAUCAAAUGCCCCGUUGAUUAAUUCAAUAAUACCGAGCUGUGUAACUCGUUCAGGAUGACAAUGGCUUCUGGUAGACCGACCGGUGGUAGAACUUCUUUUCUUCUCUACAACUUAUCAAAAAGCAAAACACUCAACUCUGUUCUCAAGUGGAUAAAACAGAAAUGAAAACUGUGCGCGGCGUGCGGAAGUAACAA